AUGGAAAGAAAAGUUCUGGACAAGAAUGCCGCUGCGGCGGCAGCGGCGCAAAAAGCCGCUUCGUCGAAAAUCCAUGCGCCUCCACCACCGUCGCUGGUUGCAGAGCCCGCGGAAGGGGGUGAGCGCUAUUCUACUGGCGCUUUUCUUGGGAAAGGAGGUUUCGCAAUCUGCUACGAAGGCACACUGUUGCGGAAUGGAAGAGUUUUUGCAAUGAAGGUGGUGAGGUCUGAGAUGGCCCAGAAAAAGAUGCAGGAGAAGUUUCGAACCGAACUUCAAAUACAUUCGAAAAUGCGGCAUCCGCACAUCGUCGAAUUUCAUCGCGCCUUUGCAUUUGACAAGUGUAUCUACGUGGUCCUGGAGCUGUGUCCAAACGGCUCAGUAAUGGACAUGGUGAGGAAAAGGAAAUGCCUGAGCUUGCCCGAAGUGCGGCGAUUCAUGAUACAGCUUUGCGGGGCGGUCAAGUACCUACACAAGAGGAGUGUUGCGCAUCGUGAUCUGAAAAUGGGAAAUUUGUUUUUGGAUCGAAAUAUGGACAUCAAAGUGGGAGAUUUUGGGCUGGCAGCCAUGAUAAUCUCUGAAAAGGAUGAGAAAAGGAGGAAGACGCUGUGUGGGACACCAAACUACAUUGCUCCAGAGGUCCUCGAUAAGAGUAAGGGUGGACAUACCCAGAAGGUUGAUAUUUGGUCGUUGGGUAUAAUAUGCUUUGCGAUGCUUACCGGUUAUCCACCUUUUCAAUCUAAAACACAGGAGGAAAUAUACAAGAAAGUCAGGAAUUUGAGUUAUGUUUGGCCCAGUGGGACUCAGUGCGCGAAUCACAUCCCCGACGAGGCCAAAUCUUUGGUCAGCUCUUGUCUCAAUCUCUCAGAGAACGAGCGGCCUGACCCGGACGACAUUGUGGAACAUCCAUUUUUCAAUAUGUACGAUGGAUGUAUUCCUCGACGACUGGACCCAACUUGCACGGUUUCGACGCCGAUCUGGCUCAGGUCGGAUGAGCCUCGUGGUGAUCGCAUGAUGCUUGGUCAUAGCCUGGAGUAUGACGAGAAGUUGUCAGGCUACAUAGAGCAUGUCGAUGACCCGACACAGCGAUACCUCAUCUGCCGUGCGGCAUUCUACAGUCUCUGUGGAGUCGGACGUAAACCAGAUGGGUCAGCUCGCAGGUCUGUUGGCAAAAACUGUUCGAAAUCUGCGUUUUCGGAAUGUCUAUCUGAGGAGGAAAAGGGAUUGCAGCCAAUUAUGCCGCUGCCCGAAGACAUGGUCUACAGCUACCCUAGUGACCCCGACGGGGACUGGAGCACGCCCACUCCUGGCCUUGGACUUGGCAAGGAUGACUCGUCAUUGGACAGUACGAGGUCAUCUGGUAAGCGUACCGUAUCCAUGCGCAGUAAUGCUGCCUCUCUUUCCAGAACUCAAGCUGCUCUUGCUGCAGCUCAGCAACGACGGCAAGAACCGCAGAGUCAUGCUGCAACGCUUCGCCAACAGGCAAUGGGUGCUCGAAGCUCGGUCAGGAAGAUUGCAGCUAUCUGUGAUCCACCAGCAGUAGUAGAACCCGAGACUGCUGCUCCCAUCGUGUCGACCGGCGGACUCGCGGAAAGACCCAUACGCGCGCGGCGCGGAGUGGCAGUCUCGUACUCAGGUUCAAUGCGCGACUUGGACAGAAAAAUUGUGCCAUCCACCAGUGACCCUGGGAUGUUGACAGUGGGUAAAACACGGUCGCAGUCUCGACGACUGGGAGCGGCAAGCAACGACGCACUUUCUGCUCCCGCCGUCACCAAAGAGCGAUCUGUCUCCUCAGCGUUGGACAAUCUGCCUACAAGGUUACGCCAGAGUUCCGCACGCUCAGUGGCAAGGGAAGAAGCUCUCCAAUCUUCCAAGCGGAAGGAGCUAGAUGAUGCAGUCAAGGCGAAGGAAGUGCCAAGCGGAGAAGGUCGUCUGCGAACAGAAGUCGCCGUAAGCCGUUCCAGUAGCAAGACAGCCGCUACGUCAAGCAGUAAGCGCUCGACAUUAGGACUGUAUCCGCUUCUUCAUCCGGACGAUCCCUGCGAGAUGAUGCCAAGGACAUCUCUCGAGGACGUCAACACCGACCUCCGGCUGAUGCUUUCUAACUUGGUGCCUCCAACAUCUGGUCGCCGGCGCGUAAGCUCGAGAAGGACACCCCAUUCAUACGUCAUCAAAUGGGUAGACUACACUAAUCGUUACGGCAUUGGGUAUGUUCUAGAUGACGGUAGUGUGGGAUGCGUGUUCAAAGCGGAGAAUGGCCAGCCGGCCAGUGGAGUUCUGCUACGGAAUGGUGAGAGGCAUAUCCGUCGGAAAGCCCGUAGCCUAAGCAAGCAAAAGGAUGGAGCCUCUACCUACACCGAGGCUGAUCAGCUCGUGCCUCGUAACGGCAGGCCGGUGGAAUUCUAUGAGAACUGUGAAAACACAUCGUCAGAUGGUCUGACAGGCAUCCGCCGUGCGCUCAUUCACCCUUCUGUUUUCGAGGUGAAGCCCUCUUCCGAUGGCUCCUCUGGUGCUGGAAUCAAGGUUCGCACAAACUCCGGUCUUGAACGCGCGCGCGCCGAUGCAGAGAAGAUCAAACGCGUGAAGCUGGUUGAUCAAUUCGGCAAGUAUAUGAUUGGAUCCUUGGGCAGGCAUGACGACGAUGACGUUUCGGAAGACGAUAAAACAGAUGGCCUUGGCCAGUUUAUCAAGUUCUACCAGAGAUUGGGCAAUGUCGGUGUCUGGGGGUUUGGCGACGGUGCUUUCCAGUUCAAUUUCCCCGACCACACAAAACUCGUCAUAUCUCCUGGUCGUACAAGAGCCUCAUCACCCUGGAUUGACUUCUAUCAUCUCUCCCCUUCUGCGGCCCGGUAUCUGAGCUCCAAAGGAAAGAUGCACCCGUCCGGAUUCGAUACUCGAGCCGUCGCUUCAGACGAGGCCACCGCAUUCCUGAGCAUUGCAAAUGGCAGCACGACGAGCGCUGUCGAUGAGCGCAUUCGCGAUGUUCUAGAAGCUAACUUCUUCCUGGAGAAGAUCGGCUUUAUCAGGGAAGUCAUGAAGAGCUGGGUUAAGCAUGGGCGCUUGGGAGGUAGUCCCUCGCAAGAUCAGACUUCCACAGACCUUCCCAAGAUGCUUUGGGAGGGCACUCAGGAGCGGGCGCAAGUUGGAGGAGGCAAGUUUGUUUGGGUGACUGUCGGGGCUCCUGGAGGGGAUGGCGAGUAUCGAUCCAUUUCUCUGAAGGAGAAAGAAUCAGAAGGAAGAGAGAAUGAUCCGGAAAUGGAGACUUUACGAGGGCGGUUGCGGGCAUUAGCUACCAAGCCGUAG